AUGGAGGCCAUCAAGAAGAAGAUGCAGAUGCUGAAACUGGACAAGGAGAACGCCAUCGACCGUGCCGAGCAGGCGGAGGCCGACAAGAAGCAGGCGGAGGACCGCUGCAAGCAGCUGGAGGAGGAACAGCAGGGCCUGCAGAAGAAGCUGAAGGGCACGGAGGAUGAGGUGGAGAAGUACUCCGAGUCCGUCAAGGAGGCCCAGGAGAAGCUGGAGCAGGCAGAGAAGAAAGCUACAGAC